UGCCCUCCUCUCUUCAACCCUCAUCUCCGUUCACAGAUACCACUUCUGCUCCUACACCCGCAACUCUUCCCGCCCGUCAUGCGAGAUCUAUCACGGCCUGGCGCGGCUCUGGUCGCGCUGCUGGCUCUUGCGCCCGUCCCUAGUACCGCUUUCUACUUCCCAGGUGUUGCGCCCACAUCCUACAAAAAAGGCCAACCCGUACCGCUCUUCGUGAACCAUCUCACGCCUGCCGACUCCGCAAACGAUCCGAAGCUUCGCUCCGUCUUCUCCUUCGAUUAUUAUCAUCAGCCCUUCCACUUUUGCCAGCCGAAAGAUGGGCCCGAAUACGUGCGGGAGAGCUUGGGCAGCAUAUUGUUUGGCGACCGCAUACAGACCAGUCCCUUCGAUUUGAAGAUGGCAGAAAACCAAACUUGCAAAGUCCUUUGCUCCACCGAGGAUUUUCCUGGCCGCGAUGCUCUUUUUGUCAACGCCCGCAUUUACCAGGACUACGACAUGAACUGGCUCAUUGAUGGAUUGCCUGCGGCUCAACAUCUGUCAGAUCCCAGCACCGACACCCAGUUUUAUAGUCCGGGGUUUGCCCUUGGUCAGGUGGAGGAUGAGAGGCCUGAAUUCAACAAUCACUACGAUAUCAUCAUUGACUAUCAUGAAGCCGGUCCGGAUAACUUUCGUGUAGUUGGCGUUUUGGUGGAACCACGGUCGAAUCAGUACACCAGCCUCCCGAGCGGUGAUGACUGCGCCACGGCUCAACAACCAGUUAUCUUGAGUGAAGACGACAAUAACGCUGUGACAUUUACCUACAGUGUCUACUGGCGCCCCAGUCCUACGCCUUUCGCUACACGUUGGGACAAAUACCUGCAUGUGUACGACCCCAAGAUCCAUUGGUUUUCACUCAUCAACUCGGCCAUCAUUGUUAUAUUCUUGAUUGGUAUGGUUAGCACAAUUCUUGUACGCACCUUGAGGAAAGACAUUGCCAGGUACAACAGACUCGAUCAACUCGCCCUCGAUGACUUUGGGGAAGACUCGGUGGAGGACGGUGUCCAAGAAGAUUCGGGUUGGAAAUUGGUUCACGGCGAUGUUUUUCGUCCACCCAAAAACCCCCUAUUCCUUGCCGUACUCGUAGGCAAUGGGGCUCAGCUCUUCAUGAUGGUCGGUCUGACUAUCGCCUUUGCCCUGCUCGGAUUCCUCUCGCCUAGCAACCGCGGCGCUCUGGGCACCGUCAUCAUCGUCUUCUACACUCUCUUUGGCUUCAUUGGAGGAUACGUGUCGUCGCGGGUAUACAAGUUCUUCAAUGGCGAGUCCUGGAAGUUGUGCUUCUUCUACACACCACUCGCACUACCCAGCAUCGUCUUCUCCGUCUUCUUUCUGCUCAACCUGUUUGUGUGGGGCCGCGGCGCAUCUGGAGCUGUCCCAUUCACAACUAUGCUCGUCCUCGUCAUUAUCUGGUUUGUUGUCAGCAUCCCACUCAGCUUCGCAGGCUCCUGGGUUGGCUUCAAGCAGCCUGUCAUUGAAUCUCCUGUUCGCACUAACCAAAUUCCGCGCCAAAUCCCCCCCUCGGGCGGGUACCUACGACCCCUUCCCUCAAUGGCGCUGUCGGGAAUCCUACCGUUCGGUGCCAUCUUUGUCGAGCUUUACUUCAUCCUGAAGUCGAUUUGGUUUUCCAAGGUCUACUACAUGUUUGGAUUCCUCUUCAUUUGUUACGGACUCAUGAUCAUGACAUCAGCGGCCGUGACGGUGCUCAUGGUCUACUUCCUGCUCUGCGCCGAGAACUACCACUGGCAAUGGCGCAGCUUCUUCACUGCGGGUGCUUCGGCGCUGUACGUGUUUGCGAGUGCGCUGCUGUAUUGGAUCAAGGAUGUGAGCUUCUUAAGCUGGACUUCGGGGGUGGUUUACUUGGGUUACAGUCUGCUCUUGAGUUUGUUGUUCUUCGUUUUGACUGGCACCAUCGGGUUCUUCGCCAGCGGAUUGUUCGUCAUCAAGAUCUACAGAUCCAUCAAGGUCGAUUGAGUAGUCAGAAUAUUUCUCCUUCUUCUUUAGACGUCAUACUUAUUCACCAAUUACAUAUAACAUCACACACACAAUCAAUGAGAAUGAAGAAAGAAAAAGAAAUCGCACAAGAGUGUUUUGCAAAGUGAUGUUUGCAUACCUGACCACGUUCUGUCUCUUUGUACAACCCAGUCUUCUUUCCAGCCAUACGUAUUCUCAAUAUGAAUAUGGAAUCCAUCUCACGGCGUCAGUUCACUUGGCUACAUGCAUGCAGUACACUUACGUAUCCGACUUCUUUUUGGUCAAUGUAACAAGUAUGCAACCUCACUCAAAAGCACAACUGGGCAUGGAUGAACCAAACUCAC